AAUUAUAGAAAAUCAAUGCCAGAAAUUGCUGAAGUUGAACGUGCUCGCUUGCGUCUUCAUAGACAAUGCUUAAACCAUAAAAUAACUCAUGUUGAAGUCAUUCAAGAUACCAACAUUUUCAAAGACAUUAGUCCUGAUGGUUUUGCAGAAAAAAUCAUGAAUAAGACAGUAGUUGGCACAAAACGAUGGGGAAAAUACUUUAUACUAUUGCUUGAUGGAGAUGGGCCCCAUAUUGUAGGACAUCUUAGUCUAACAGGCGGUUUGCGAUUUAAACAUGAAGAACUAGCAAAAGGCAUGGAUUGGCCUCCUAAAUUCCACAAGCUUCUUAUUACAUUCACUCAUUCAGAGACCGGAAACAAGGUCGAAUUUGGAUUUAAAGAUCCUCUUCGUUGGGCUCGUCUCCGUCUUAUUCCUGGGGAUCCUUUAGUUGUGCCUCCUAUUAGUAAAUUAGGCUUUGAUCCUGUACUGAACAUGCCUGAUUUCGGAACGUUCAAGACGCUAGUCACUCGCCGUGCUGUUCCUGUCAAAGCGCUCUUGUUAGACCAAUCGUUUGCUGCUGGCGUUGGAAAUUGGGUUGCAGAUGAAAUCUUGUUUCAAGCCAUGAUUCAUCCUGCGCAGUACACAAAUACAUUGACAGAGAAGGAGGUACAAGACAUGUAUGAGAAAAUGAAAUACAUCUGUGAUACUGCAGUAGCCGCAGAAGCAGAUGAAAGUAAGUUUCCUGAAGAUUGGCUCAUGAAGCAUCGAUGGAAUAAAGGCAAGAAGAACGAGCUUAAGGGCAGAUUGCCUAAUGGCUUGCUGCUCAAGUUUGAGACGGUUGGUGGAAGAACGUCUGCUUUUGCACCGGACCGACAAAAGUUGCGAAUGUCAGAGAAUACGAUUGUCAAGAAGACUACCAAGAAGAGAAGAAAGAAGGCCAAUUUUGAAGUCAUGAAGGACUCAGAUAUUGAAGAUGAAGAAUACGCAGAAAAGGUUGUUAUAAAGCCAAACAAAAAGGUGACUACGACAAGGAUCAAGAAAGAAAAUAAUCAAGAAUCCAAAGCAGAAACAAAAGAAAUACUGCAAGAAGUAUCCAACAAGGCUCUUCCUUUGCGUAUAUCACAACGAAAACAAGAUCGUAAACACAAGAUCAGUCUUAAAGAAGAGCGCGUUGUUAUUAUAGGUGCUUCUUCUGGCAUUGGCAAAGACUGUGCACUCAAUUAUGCUGCUCGUGGAGCUAGACUUGUUCUUUUUGCUCGCCGAAAAGAACUCUUGGAGCAAAUCAAACAGCAAUGUAAAGCUGCAGGAUCAUCACAAGUAGUUAUUUUAGCAGGUGACGCCACAGCACAGAAUGAUUUAGCCCAACUAGCCCAGUUGACAAAAGAUGUGUUUCAUGGUUGUGUGGAUACAGUCAUUUAUUGUGCUGGAACCAUUUCAGUCCGACCUUUUCUUGAGACAUGCGGUAUCCAUAUCAACCGUAACCAAGAAGGAGAAUGGGUUGCUACCGAACCAACUCACACUGAACAAAUGAACAACGCCUUAAACACAAUUACUACUUUGAACUAUUAUGGUGCUGUAUGGACAGCAUCUUUAUUCAUGCCAUUGUUAAUUCCUUCAAAGUCUCCCAACUUAUUGCUUGUAUCUUCCAUGGCAGGCAAGGUAGGAGCUCCAACGCGAUCACUUUAUGCUGGGUCCAAACAUGCAUUACAUGGCUUUUUUGAUUCUUUACGAGUUGAAGUAAGCCCAUAUAAUGUUCAUGUUGGCUUGAUAUGUCCCGGUACAGUACACACAGAUUUGAGACACUCUGCAGUAGACAAAUCUUUAGGCGAAGGGAAUAUAGCAGGAUCGAACAAAAACAAACUGUCUGCUAAUACAGUAGCCAAACAAAUCAUUGAAGCCAGUGAUUUUCGCUCAAGAGAAAUAUACACACCGAGUUGGUUUGGGCAUGCUGCUGUUUGGGGAAAAUUACUUUUUCCUAGCCUGAUUGACCAAGCUGCACAACGUAAAUAUAAAAAUUAGAAUGCACGUGCGCAUAUGAGAAUAAAAAUAACAAAAAUGGGUGGGAAGCACAACACGUGUUUGCCCUUUUAAGACU